UCUUCUUCUUUCAUUGUAGAUCUCAAAGCCUCUCGGAGAAGCGACAGAAGAUGAGCUCGUGUCCGAGUUCCUCCACUCCCGUGCUCCGUCUUUGCACACCCGCGCCCCCCACACCUUCAAGAUGGACGGCCUCCUUGCAGAGAUGCAGCAGAUUGAACAGAGCAGCUUCCGCCCGCAGCCCCUGCGAGCCCCCGGGGUGGCAGACCUGGCUUUGUCUGAAAACUGGACAGAAGAGUUCCUGCAACAAGAACCGGAGGCCGCGGAAGAGGAGGACUGGACCCGAGAGUUCACUGACCAAGCAGACCCCAUGUCGUCGCCCUCCCGCUGGGCCGAGGAGUACCUGCAGCAGUCCGAGGAGAAGCUGUGGCUGGGGGAGACGGAGGGAGCCAUGGCAGAGAAAUGGUGUCAGGAGUACCAGCCUGAGGACGAGCUGCAGAGAGAGGCCAAAUCCCUUCUGUCCAAAGUCACCGACCCCAAACUGGCCAACAGUCAGUUCUUACAAUUUGUGAGGAAGAUAGGAGAUGGGGACGUGUCCCUCUCUCAGGCUCCAGGCGAUACGUCCCAGGCGGCCUCCCAGGCAGAGCAGUGGUCAGAACAGUUUGUAAAGGAACAGGCAGCGGCGGAGCGAUGGGUUGAUGAGUUCACCCCCCUGGAGAAAGACUUUCAGAACGCCAAGGCUGCAGUGGAGGCAGAUACGGAUUUCUGGGACAAGCUGCAGGAAGAGUGGGAGGAGAUGGCAAAGCGGGACGCAGAGUCUCACCCAUGGCUCUCCGACUUCCAGGACCUGUCCGCCAAAUCCUACGACAAGGGAUAUGUGUUUGAAGAUGACAACCCCUUCUCCGAAGUGGAUCAGCCAUUUGAAGAAGGUCUGAAACGCCUUCGGGAGGGGGACCUCCCCAGUGCCGUCAGGUGCUUCGAGACUGCGGUGCAGAGAGAUCCCAAACACAUGGAGGCCUGGCAGUAUUUGGGCACCUCCCAGGCAGAAAAUGAACAGGAACUGGCCGCGAUCAGUGCUCUGCGCAGGUGCCUCGACUUGAAGCCGGACAAUCUGAACGUGUUGAUGGCUCUGGCGGUGAGUUUCACCAACGAAUGCCUCCAGCAGCAGGCCUGCGAAACGCUGCGGGAAUGGAUCAAACACAACCCAAAAUACGGUCACCUCAUAAAAGAGGAGAACCCUGGGAGUGAGGCGAGAAACCGAUCGCUGGGCACACUGCUGUCAGAUUCGAUGUUUUCGGAGGUCCGGGAGCUGUUCCUGUCAGCCGUACGCAUGGAACCGACACAAGUUGACCCUGAUGUGCAGUGCGGUCUCGGAGUGCUGUUUAAUCUGAGCGGAGAGUAUCAGAAAGCCGUGGAUUGCUUCACUGCCGCCCUGAGCCAAAAACCAGAUGACUAUCUCCUCUGGAAUAAGCUGGGCGCCACCCUGGCCAAUGGUAGCGACAGUGAGGCCGCCGUGGAGGCUUACAGAAGGGCGCUUCAGCUGCAACCUGGGUUUAUACGCUCCCGAUACAACCUGGGCAUCGCCUGCAUUAAUCUAGGAGCCCACAGGGAGGCGGUGGAACAUUUCAUAGAAGCCCUCAGCAUGCAGCAACAGAGUGGAGGCCCCGACGGAUCCAUGUCCGACAAUAUCUGGAGCACCCUGCGGAUGGCGCUCUCCAUGUUGGGGCAGAGUAACCUCUACAACGCGGCGGACGCCCGUGAUCUUGCCACGCUACAGGCCGCCUUCCCUCCUCACUCCAGCCUUGGCCAAUGACCACGACCUGACCUGUGGCCAUGCGAGUGCAUGCUGGGGGGACUCCCACGCUGCACCGGCAAGACGGCGCC